AUGAUGUUCUCUCGGCUGUUUUUCUCGUGUUUUCUCAGUUUUAACCUACUGGUUGGAACCACAUUGGUGUCGGCCCAUCGUCCCGCUACAACAAGGGCCAGCUGCGAUGAAGACUAUGGAUCAUCCGCUACAGCCAUGCCACUGGCAGAUCCUACCAUUUCCUGGGCUUUCAAGCAUUAUCUGGACUGUACCCACCGUGCCGUAUGGAUUGAAGUGACAAACGAGACACCCAAUCAACCCUUUUACGUGGGCGUGGGUAUUCCUACACAAGAUCGAUUUGCCGACGUUCGUGCCGAUGCCUUGAUCAUUGGGCCUGGAUUGCCACAACUGACUGCCGACGAAUGGGAGCAAGUACCGCUGGAGGUUCGCAACGAUCCCGUUUGGAAUAGCGGGAGCAAUAUUGGAGCCUACUUUCAAUCCUCUCCUCAGGAUCAAUCCACUUGUGAUCACUUGGGAACCGUCAUGCGACGAGCCAGUAGGGUUGUAGGUGGACGGUGUGAUUUCUAUGAACCCUUUGGAGGAUCUCACAGCUGGAGAGUGUUGGAUGCAGACGACAAUAUCCUUGUCGAAGGCAACGGUGCUGCGUACCAUGUGGCUGUCUUUCUCCAGCAGGACACAUCCUCCAAGCUAGGCAUUGCCUUGGGAACCUGGGUAGAAAACUUCUGGACUCGGUACGACAUUGAUACACCAGGUUGCAACCGAGACAUGAGAGAUUAUUCCGAGAAAAGAGGUUCGCAAGAGGAGUGUUUCCCAGUGGUCAGCUGUCCUACGGCACAAAGGCCCAUUGGUUGCGAAGAAGUAGCGUUUGACCCAUCCCAAGAGAUUUGCGAAAUGGGAGAGGUGUGUGACAGCUCUCUCGUUGAGCCCUGUGUCACGGCUGGUGUCAGCUACGAGGCACCGACCAAGGGUGCUUGUGGUGGAGAAUUGUGCUCUGCAGCCGUGCAAACCUGGGAAGCAAUCAACGCGAAGAUGCACCAUGGCAUGAUGGAUAUCGAGUACACCGGCAUCCCCGACAUUGACUUUGUGCGCGGAAUGAUCCCACAUCACAUGGGAGCGGUGGAUAUGUGCGAUGGUCUAUUGCAGAAUUUGACCUGCACAGUAAUCGAGGAAACGGACAAUCUAGAAGGGUUGGUUCAUUUCUGCAAUCAUGUAAAGCUCGAACAGGAAAUUGAGGUGGGUGGAAUGAGACGUUGGCUGCAGCUACAAGGUCUGGCGGAAUUGGCUUCAUGCGGCUCCGACACGGGCAUGGCCGGAAUGAUGCGACAGGACCCGGCUGGAGAUCACGCGAUGGGUGGAGAUCAUGGCAUGGGCGGAGAUCACGAUCACGGGAUGGGUGGAGCGAUGAUGAUGCCGGAAUCUUGCGGCAAUUUGACGGCGCCUUCUUCUGAGAAGUUCAUCGAAGUCAAUCACAAGAUGCAUGACCUCAUGGCGAUAUCCUACUCGUGUGAUCAUUCCACAGACUUUGUUCGUAUGAUGUUGCCACAUCAUGCAUCGGCUGUGGUCAUGUGCGAUAUUCUCGUAGAGACCAGCCAGGACGAAUAUUUGAUUGACUUGUGUGACAACAUCACUAUUACGCAACGGGCAGAAAUCGCCUGGAUGAACGAGUGGCUCAUGGCACGAGAUUUUGCCCCCACGGCACCCUGCCACGAUUGCAGCAACACUGACGUAAUUCCCUCCACCAACCUCGAGGUGGGGCGGGCCGGUGAAAUUGACACUCACAGCAUGUCCUUCAUGCCAUGUGAAGAUAUUCUGUCAACUUCGAGCUUCUGCCACGGCAUCGAUGGAGUUCAAGAUGGAUAUUGCCGCUGCGAUCAAGAAACAUUCGAUGCUAAUGGCUACAGUUGCAACGAGGCCACAUGGGUAGAUGGCAUUGGGAUGUUCGUACCUUCCGUUUAUUGCAAGCGCAGUUGUGGUCUUUGCCCCAGCGGUAGCAGGCCACUGUGGGCAGAGCCCGAGGGAUGUGAACUCGAUGGCGCAGAACACAUGGGACACAUGAGCAACGCUUUAUUAAGCACAGAAGACAAGGCAGCGGAGGUUGAAAACGGCGACAAGCUUGCCGCAAGUGGAGAAAGCUCUGGUUGUAUAGGCGUCACGUCCAGUUUGCUCUGGGUUCUGUCAGCUGUGGCACUUGCCUUCUGCGGCGUGUAG